AGCAUCGGUUCACGUACAACGGAUGAUCACCCGGUGGCUCCUAUAAAUACGUUUGUCAUUCGAAAUCGAACAGUCAGUCCCAUUCUUGGCUUUGAAACACCGGGUAGUCCGCACAGUUGAUCGAUAUGGCUGUCAAGAAAGUGAUCGUCGUGAUGGCAAUCGCAUUGUUCGCCGCGUGCAACGGUGCGGCGAUUCCUGUGCCAGCUCUGCCGAUAGCUAAACUAGCCGCGGUGGACGCAGGGCUGAACUACGACCCCCAUCCUCAGUACAGCUACGCCUAUGACGUACAGGACAGCUUAACCGGGGACUCGAAGAGCCAACACGAGAGCAGAGACGGGGACGUCGUCAGCGGCAGUUACAGCUUCAUCGAAGCUGACGGAACCAGGAGGAUCGUCGAGUACACUGCCGAUCCCGUGAACGGGUUCAAUGCCGUGGUUCACAGGGAACCGGUCGCCGUCCUCAAGCCUGUCGUCAAGGUCGCUCCAGUGGCGUUCCAUUCAACCAGACAAAGAAACGGCCAUGCCAAGGGAAGCAGACAAAGAAACGAAGAGGAUCCACCGGCCAGAACAAAAGAAGGGGGGCCAGGUGGGGGCGAUUGCGAGGGGACGGGUGUCUGGACACGAGUUUGGGUGCAAGGAAUAGCUCGGUUAUUGCUCACGGAUCACACGAAACCAGCCAUCAGCCGUAUAAAAGUACCGACGAUCUUACCCCGAGGCAUCAGUCCUCUGACGAUCCUCUCGCAAAUCAACAUGGCUGGAAAGCUGAUCUUGUUCUUGAGCAUGGCGGUGUUCGCCAAGGGCGCGGUGGUGCCGGCACCGGUAGUGGCGGCGGUCCCCGCGAAACUGGAGGAGCUGGACGCGGUGCCGCAGUACAGUUUCGCGUACGACGUGCAGGACGCGAUCACCGGAGACUCGAAGGCCCAGUACGAGACCAGGAACGGCGACAUCGUGCAGGGUAGCUACAGCCUGAUCGAGGCGGACGGCACCCGGCGCAUCGUGGAGUACACGGCGGACCCGGUGAACGGGUUCAACGCGGUGGUGAGCCGCGAACCGGUGGCUGCGGUGGCUGCUCCGUUGGUCCCAUACGCCAUCUUGCCAGCGGCGGAGUCUCCGGUCGUGCCCGCGGCGGCUCCAGCGCCGGGCAUACCAGCCAGCGGGCCCGAUUCCGACGUCGAGGUGGUCGAGGCUAGGUCCGGGCCUCUUCGCGUUGCUCCCAGCCGGGAGCAGCAGCUGAAGCAGCAACAGGAACAGCAGUUGCAGCAGCUGAAGGAGCUCGAGAGGCAGCAGCUCGAGCAACAGCAGCAACAGCUCAGGCAGCUGCAGCAGAUACAGGAACGGUCCAGAAUGCAGUUCCAGCAACGCGUCCAACCGCAGCCGCGACAGAGGCCCGAGAAGGAGGACGCCGAGCAGCCGCAGAGGAUCCAGCAGGCCCAGGAGGCGCCCGUCAGGGCUGUCGCCGCUCCGCUGCAGAUACCGGUCAGGUCUCAGCCGCUGAUCGCCGAGGCUAAGGCGCUGCCCAACUAUCCGGUCGCUUACUACUCGACCUACUCGUCUCCGCUGGCCUACGCGGCGCCCAUCGCCUACACGUCCGCCGCUGCGAUCGUUUGA